AUGGCUUGUGUUGCAUUGACUUCUCUCAUGGCUACUAUUGAGCUUGAAUUUUUGCAUCCCAACCACAGAGUAUCUCUUGAUGAUGAGAAGCCAUUGAAAUCUCUGCUUCACAAGCUUUCUUCAUUGGAAGCCUUUGUGAAGAAGGAAUACAACAACGCUGUGGGUAGUGGUGCUCCAAUCCGACGACAUCUGCUAAACAAAAUCAGAGACUUUGCACUCAAAGUUGAAGAUGCUAUCGAAAUACAACUCACAAACAUCCUUCAACUUCAACAGAAAGCUCAUCAAGGGGAACUCCAUCUCCAUCUCCAUCGAAGCUUGCAACAAGUAGCAAAAGAGGCUGAAGAGUUGCUGAAGGUUAUCAACCAUCAUUCUCUUCCGUUGAUUGGUUGCUCAGAAGCUGCAGCUUCUUCGCACCCUCACAACAUUAUUGCGUCGUCAGGUGGAUCCUUGCAAUGCUCUCCUCAGUUUGAGGAGGAGGAUAUAAUAAUGGUUGGUGAAUACUUUGACUAUCACCUUAAAUGGACAAGGGAGGAUCUCGUUUAUUUUUAUUCAUCAGAACGAAUAGUAGUCACAAUUGUUGGAGCCCCAGGCAUUGGAAAGACUACUCUUUGUAAAAGACUGUAUACAGAUGAAAGGGUUGUAUCACAUUUCGACAUUCAAGCUUGGAUUACUAUUCCGCCAAGAUACAAUGGGAAUGUGCAACAACUACUGUGCCACCUUCUUCAAUCAAUACGGCCAACCCUCAAUGAAGAAAUUCACAUGGGAAGCACUGUUUCUCAACUAAAAGACCAACUGCACAGACACUUGAAGAAAUGCAAAAGAUAUUUAAUUGUUUUGGAUGAUGUCCCUAACACUCUGCUUUGGGAUGAUAUCCACCAAUGUUUUCCCGAUGACUCGAAUGGAAAUCGGAUAUUGAUAACCACUCUUUUUAAUGAUGUGGCUGAGUACAUCAGCAAGGAUUGGGAAUUCAUCAAGAGUCUGCCUUACCUAGAUGACGAUGAGAGUUGGGAUUUAUUUUCCCACAGAUUUUCUCUUAAACAACAUAUGACACCUAAAUUUGAAGAAAUUGCGAAGAAUCUUGUUGAGGAAUGCAGAGGAUUGCCGCGCUCAAUUGUUGUAGUUGCAGACCAUCUAUCUAAAUGCAACUACACAUUGAAGGAAUGGAAGAAGAUAGAGAAAGAAUUACUAUCAUUGGGAAUUUUGCAUAGAGAUACACAACACUCAAUGAAAUGA